AUAAUCCGUUUUUGGACCUGCUCCACACGGCGACUGACGACCUUUCUUCAACACUUUCACAGUUUAUGACACACCUUGUCUAAAUAACGAACGACUCGUUCAAUAUCGAGGACUUACCGCUCACUGAUCAGCAAUAUCAACCCAUCGAACUCUCGAGGCUAUUAUGCUUAUUCCUCUGAACCUCGAGCGAAGGGAAACGCUCAGCCCUCCUAUCAUGAAGCGAGAAACUCCUCAAAUCGGUGGAUCCUCAGCAGGUUUUAUUGCCCUAGUCGUUUGCCUCUGCAUGAUCAUCGUCAUUACAUGUACAGCCAUAUUUUUCCUGCUCAAGCACAAUGACCCCACGGAUGCUGAGCGUGCUGCACGUCGCCAGCGUCGUUAUGCCCAUCAAUCCGUUCCAUCAUCUGCAUCGUAUACUUAUGAUCCGUCUUCAACUCCUUCAAAGGGGUGGUUUAGCAAAGUAACCGACAUUUUCAACAACAAUGAAGCUCGCGGAUCUUCCACUCAAAGCAAAAACCGAAAGAAUAACAAGAGAGGCGAUGGCUUGAAGAUGAAACUAGGUGGCAGCCCAACCGGAUGGGUGCAAGCCGGUUCUGGCGAUGAGUGGGAUUUGGGUGAAGAAGGCGAUAGGGGAAGAAUUCACACCACGGACACGGCUACAGUAGGGUCGAGCCCUCUUAUUCCGACACCGAAUCCGUACUCUCGUGGCAUCGAUUCGCCGUUUAGUCCGCCAAUGGCUAGAGAAUCCGUAUCAAGUACAUACUUUGAUUCUCAUACCGUUCCUGGCCUUUCACCGAUUGCUGGUCAUCGAUCAGAUUCACCAUCCUCUCACCCUCCCGCACUCGUGACUCAGAGUAAUCCCUCGUCCCCGGUGGCGAUUCCACCAGCCACUGGAGACUCUUCUUCGUUUCCUACAAACACUAUUUCCCAACAACGAAGUGUCUCUCCGGAGCCGAUGUCUGCUCAUCCUAUCGAGAAUUCCAACCUCCACAAGAAGGACGCCAGCUUGAAUGCUAUUGACACGCGAAAGUGGUCGGUUCAGAGCGGCGUUUCGGCGAGGACAUCAGGUACAGGGACCAAGUUUAUCGAGGAGCUGUAAACAUGGAAUUGUUAUUCUACACUCACCUCACCGUCUCUUGCUUUCUUAUGAUGUCACUCCUCACGACUGCCUUCCACGUUUGCUUCUUGUUGGACGGACUGAAAAUUUCCUUUCGUGGUUUGUUUUUCUUGCCUUCUUUUGCUUAUGUAUGUAAUUUAUGUCUUCUAUCUGUACAUUGUAAUCUAUCAACAGCUUUCCGGAUUGUGGCGUUGAAAUUCAAUUUGUAAAUGAUAUGGUACUUCGAAAUGGACAUUCUUCUGAUAUUCCAAGAUUUCGAGGGCAUUUGAACGCAUGAUACAGACUACAGUUCAUGAUCAAUCUAGUCUACAUACCUACUAAAAUACAAUUACAUUGGGAGGUGGUGAGUGUGUG